AUGGCCGGGGAUGACACUAUAAAUGACGCGGAGCCCCAGGCGCCAAGGAAUCCCUUCAACUUCCAGACGCAGGUGCUAUCGACAUCCCCAGUGAAGUCGAAUGUCGGCCAGCGCCGUGGCCACAGAUAUAAACACAGCAGUAUCUCUGCCCAGCACCAAAUCUUCCAAGAGCCUCCGCCGAGACCCCCUCCGAUCCUCCCCGCGUCGCUCCCAGUACCGACUGUAAAGGAAGCAUGGCGUAGUAUGCACCAUGAUCAGCGAGUGAGGUUAUAUUGGUGCCUCUGCCAUCUCGUUGUGGCCGUGUUCGUCUUCUUCCGCUCCGAAGGGUCCCUCGCCCUCACCGCCCUCUCACACCUCGUCUUCUUUGACGCUGGGAGCGCGGCCAUUUGCGUUGCUGUGGAUGUGCUCGGUAACUUUGAAGUUUGGAAACGGAGUAGUAUACGGCAUCCCUUCGGACUGGAACGCGCAGAAGUUUUGGCGGGGUUCGCCUUGUCCAUAUUCCUCCUAUUUGGCGGGUUUGACCUCGUCUCCCAUGGCGUCCGACACUCUCUCGAGUCGGGAAGCUCACACGAAUCCCAUCACCACCAACUCCGCCACGAUAAUGCGCACGGGGUGGUCUCUCCGAGGAAUCUUAGCUGGGCGGCUACUUUGUCCAUCGUUGGAACUGCGAUAUCUGCAUAUGGACUAAGGAACCAUGCCCGCAUUGCCAAGGUCAUGCGUGUCUCCUACCUCGCCUCGAUGCCUAGGAUUCUCUCCAGCCCGUUCCAUGUGCUCACCUUAUCCUUUUCCCUCCUCCUCCUGGUCCUUUCCUUACUCGGUAUCAAUUACUCCUCCGGGCUGGAUCAUCUCAUCUGCGCUGUCAUUGCUAUAUCUAUGUUUGCUCUCGGUCUUCGCCUUGCGAUAUCUCAAGGCCUGAUGCUCUUGAUGUCAUAUGGAGGGAACAAGAGCGUGGGUGACGUUGUGCAAGAAAUCGAGUCUGACCCCGGCAUUUCGCACGUCGAGGAGGCCCAGUUCUGGCAAGUCCACUACGGACUCGGUAUGGCAAACCUUAAGAUCCGCGUCCCCAAAGGCUCAGAUGAAGGCACGCUGAGCCGGCUUAGAAAUCGCAUCGCCUCUCUGAUACAGAGCCGGCUUGGCGAGGGUUAUGGCCAGGGAGGUAGUCUGAGGUGGGAUGUAACAAUACAGAUGACGACGGAUAUAAAUGUGUAG